UAUUUGGCUUGCGGCCGGUUGUGGUUGAUAGUUUACAUGUCUGUACUGUGUGGGUUGCUGAAUGUGUUGGAGGUAUAAUUUUGUUUGAUGAACGGAUUGUUAUGAACUCAUAAAUGAGCAGGCUAUGAGCAGGUGGAAUGGAAAACCCCGACUGUCCGGAUGCAAAUCCUUCCAUCCCAGACGAGCACUCCUUUAUCGAAGGUGUCAGUGACCCAGUGCUGUUUGUGGUCGUUCUGUCUGUGACGUUCCUGGCUGGUCUGGUGACACUGCUGUGCAGGAAUGAACAACAGAGGAUCCACCCAGAGAAUCAGGAGCACGUGCAAGCAGUCCGACAGCAGCUACAGACAGAGCAGGACGCAGCAUCGCCAACGCCGAGGCAUCAGUACUACGCAGACAUGUCCUGUCCAGUGUGUCUCCAGCAGGCUGUUCUCCCCGUGGAGACGAACUGUGGGCAUCUAUUCUGUGGUUCUUGUAUUAUUGCGUACUGGCGCUACGGCACGUGGCUGGGAGCCAUAAACUGUCCCAUCUGCAGACAAAUAGUGACUCUGCUGUUCCCACUUUUCCGUGGCACGGAGCAGGGUGUUCAGACGCAAGACGGACAGCCAGACGCGAACCAGAUCCUCAACGACGUCAACGAUUACAAUCGCAGAUUCUCAGGACAGCCCAGAUCCCUCGUGGACCGUUUGCGUGACGUCCCCACUCUCCUCCGCCAUGCCUUCAGGGAGAUGUUCUCUGUCGGCGGACUCUUCUGGAUGUUCCGGAUCCGGAUCCUGCUGUGCCUGGUGGGGGCGCUGACCUACCUGGCUUCUCCGCUCGACUUCAUCCCCGAGGCUCUGUUUGGCCUGCUCGGCUUCAUGGACGACUUCUUCGUCAUCCUCCUCCUCUUCAUCUACAUCUCCAUCAUGUACAGGGAGGUGGUGACGCAGAGGCUUGCUGGCUGAGCGCAACAUCCAGCUGUGUUCAGUUCUAAAGAGUUUACAGUUUUAUUACUGUGUGUGUGUGUGUGUGUGUUUGUGUGUGUGUGUUGAUGAGUGUAUUCAACUGAUUUCCGGUGGAGCUUCUGUCCUUCUAAUAUAAAAUACAUACUGCACAUAGGAGGUUUAGGGUUUUUUGUUUGCUUGUUUCAGUAGAAAUGAUCGUGAUUGGCUGACGCGAGUGACCAAACAAAACAAAGCUCAUGAUGUUCACGAGCUACUGUUUGGUGAACAUUAGCUAAGCACUGCGGAAGAUAUUGGCGUCACUGAAACAUUAGCUCAAUAGAUAUCAAACAGAAAGGUAGCUUUUGCUAGCACACUAAUUCAAAUCGUUAUUACUUUUAGCUUGUCUAAUUAAUAUUUAUUGAAACAAUGUGAAACAAAAUAAAAAAAAAAAUAAAUUCUCCCCUGCUCAAUGCUAA